UAACAAUAAAAUUUAUACAAAAAAAAGAAAAACAAUAAAUUCUUUUUAAUAUAAAAUAACCACUCAAAUACUUAUAAAAAUGUGUCAAGUGGAUUAACACUAAAACUUGUUCUCAAUCACCAAUUUCGUAAUACCACAAAUAAGGAUUACUAUAAAUCUCCAAUCGGAAACUUUCAACAUCUUUACUUAUAUUUUUCCAUCAUUUUUUUAAAUGAAAAAAGCAACAUCAUUUAAAGCUGUUCACAUGUAAAGGGGGAUGGGACCCAAAAGACGUUUAUCCGUUGCUGAGCGACAGCAACGUGCGAACGCAGCAUCAGCACCUAAGAAACGUUCUACUACCGGUGGUAGUGCAAAUCAUUCGCCUGCUUCUCGUAAAACAAGCGCGACUGCAACUAGUGGAAGUACUUCAAGUGCUACAGCUACUGCUACAACGUCUCCCUCUAAAGAACCUCUUAAAACCAACUCACCGGCUAAGAAAUCUAACAAAAUUCUGGUUAAAGAGAAACCCGAAGAAAUUGUGGAACCUGCAAUAGAAAAGUUGGAUCCCAAGGAAAUCAAAAUUAAGGAGAAGUUUGAAGAGAAAAAGGCUACCACAAGAGCUUCUUCCCGCGAAAAUGUGAAAAGAGGUGCUAAUGAAGCAGAAGAUAAAGUAGAACCUGUAGCUAUACUAGCAGCCUCUAAAGAAGAUCUUAAAACUUUGGAUUCUAGCCACAAAGAAAAAGAGGAUAACAUUAGUUCCAACUCCAGCACUACUAGUAGCAGUUCUAAGCAACAGGAUAAAAAGGAUGGCAAACACAAAGCCAUUAGCAAAAUGCUUAAGAGUUUAGAUAUAAAAAUAAGUGGUUUUGAUAAUUUACUGCCCAAAGAGCAAAACAUUCAAGAGCUCGGUUUGAAAUCUUCUAUUUCGGAAAAUGUCAAAACUAAGUCGCGGGCAGCAGCAGUAAAAGUUAUAGCUUCCUUAAGUACGCCCAAACCGGUUAAAAGACCUAAAAAUCCUGAAGCAGAAGAGAGAAAGAAGGCAGCACAAAAACAAAACGAAAAAUCCAAAGAAAGCUCAAAAGUGUCCACCAAGGAAACGGGGAAAGAGACGGCUAAGGAUACUACCAAGAAUACGGAUAAAACUAGCCAUAGUCACAAAGCUAAAGUGGUAGAGAAGACGGUUAAAAUAAAAGCGAACGAAAAACAUACGACGGAAAUAGAGACUUCCAAAAUGAACGAACCAGCUGGGCUAGAGAAAGAAAAGAAAGUAGAAAUCAAUAUAGCAACCUUGGAGAAGGAAAAGAGCAAAGAAAAGGAGGAAGCAGCAAUUACUUUAAUUGAAACUAAAAGAAAAUGGCGGCUAAAAAGGCGCGAAUAGAUCAACAGCUUAAAGCAAAGAAAUCUAGUGGAAACAAAACAAAACCAGAUAAUCCAAAGGAGGUAGAAGAGCAUAAAGAAGAGUUAAAAGAAAAGCUAAAUAAGGAAACAGAAAAGCAAACUAAAGAAAUUACAGAAAAGCAAACCGUUGGUAAAUGUGUAGAAAGCAAAGAAUCUCAAGUAGAAACAACUCCAAAAGAAAACUUAACAAAAGAAGAGCCAAAAGCACAAAUUACAGAAGAAUGUCCCAAAAUAAAAGAUAAAAUAGAAGAACCCCCUAAAACAGAUGAAACGCUCACAAAGAAAAAGUCACCAAAACAUAAAACAACUCAAAUAGAACUAGAGCAGAACAAAACAGAAACAGAAGAUCUGGAAAUCCUAAAAUGUAAACCAGAGCAAGAUAACGCUCAAGAAAAGAAUGCGACUUUAGAAGAGCAGCCAGCUUUGAAUACAAAAGAAAAACUAAUAAAAUCUCCCAAAAAAUCACCAACACCCCAAAAACUAAACCAACCCAAAGUAGUUAACGAAACAAAGUGCAAUAAUUUAGAUGAAAUGUUUGAAGAGAAAGAAGAGAUACUUAAAGUGGUCAUAGAUUCCAAUACCGAUGUAGUACAAAUGGAAAUUGAAGAAAUCUCAACUAUUAAAGUAAAACCGAAAGACUUAAAGGAUGGUGAAAAUGGUGCUAGUUUAACACCGACAACUAAGAAAGAAGACAAGUUAAAUGAAUCUCAACAGAAAAUUGAAGAGAACAGGGAAGCGGCAGAAAAAGAGAUUAAAGAAGUUAAAACUACCAAAACGCCAGAGCUUAGUAAAGUUAACAUGGUGAAGCCAAAGAAUAUUGUGGCUCAAACUAAAGCUCCUAUCAGCAAAAUAUCAAAUAUAAAACAGAGAUUCCAAACUAAAUUUAAAGUAAAUCCCAUUAAAACUAAAAUCUCCAAACCACUUAAGAAACUGCAGUUAAAUAAAGUUUUGACAAACAAACCUUUAAUGGCAAUUGAAAAGAAAUCACAAACUACCAAUGAUGUGUACGAUUUCAAAUCGGGUUCAGAAGAUGAGGAAUUCAUAAAAAUGGACUUGCCUACUUUAAAGAAUUUAAGAGAGUUCUCCGAAGAAGACGAGGACAAGAAAAUGCAGCAAAAGAAAACACCUGUUAAAAAGGAAACUCUAAAAUAUGGCGGCAGUAAUAAAGAUAAAAGCAAGAAUGAGGAGUUAAUAUUGAAAGAGAAAGAAAAAGAAGAGGAUAAUGAAAAAGAAGAAAGUCUUAAGACUUUGCAAACUAAGGAAAAGCUCAAAAAGGAAGAUGAACUAAAGAAAAGCUCCAGCCUGCAAGGUACGCCCAAAAAUGAGCACACUACAAAAGAAACACCCACUAAAGUUAUAAAAAGUAAACAAGAAACAACUCCCAGAAAAGAAAAACCAGAACAAGAGAAAUCUAUCAAAUUUGCCGAAAGCAAUUCUGAGGAUAAAUCAAAUUCUGAUGCAGCCGAAGAUAAGGCGGAGAAGAAAUCUGUUAAGAAAUCAGUUAAGUUGCCGAAAAAAGUUUUAAAAACUAAUCAAAAGAUUAAAACCAUUAAAAAGAAACCCUUGAAACAAAUAGCCAAGGUAUCGAAAGUUGUUAAGAGCAAAAUAACCAAGAAAACCAAACAGAAAGCAAAUAAAACAAAAAAUUCUACAUCUGAGGGAAGUAGUAGUGACUCUGAAGAUGGUAAAAACCUUAUAGUAUUUAGUCAGAAAAGACAUAGAAUGGCUUCUUUAAAUGCUUUGGCCAAGGUGCAGUGUUUGUAUGAAAAUGAGUCAAGAACAGCUUAUGAAUUGGGUUUGUCUAAGGCCACCUUAUUGCCGCCUAAAAUCAGAACAGUUGAUGAGGAAAAGGAUGAUGAAAAAGAAAAACAAAAAGAUAAAGAUAAGGAGAAAGAUAAGGAGAAAGAGAAGGAAAAAGAGCCAGAAAAGGAAGUAGAAAAGAAAAAAGAGAAAGAUAAUGAAAAAGAUAAAGAAAAACAAAUGGAUAAAGAGAAGGAAAAAGAGAAAGACAAAGAAAAGGAUAAAGAGAAAGAUAAACCUAAAGUCAGCUUUAGUAAAGUAGAGGAUAAACCAAAAACUAAGAAAGAAAAGAAGUUAGAGGAGAAAAAGUUAGAGGAUCCCCUUAAAAUUGAAGAGAGUACUAAAGAGGAAAGUGAAGAAGAACCUCCGGAAGAACCCAAGCGUGAAUUGCGUAAUGUACCCGGAGGUAGAGGCAUAGGCAAACAUUGGGAGUUCGAUAGUGAUUGUGAAUUGGAUGAAAUUGAUAUUUUACAAAUGAAAAAGAAAAAAUUGCAAAAGAAGAAAAAAGAUAAGGAAGAAAGGCUACAACAGUUAAGAGAUAAAAAAGAAUUGGAAGGACACACCGCUAAAGAAGGUUCUACUGAUCAAGUACCUAUAAAGGUUAAAAGAAAAUACACACGUAUCAAGAAACCUCUUAAGAAGGUAGUAAAAUUGGCAACUGGCAGCUCAGAUGAUGAAGGCAACUCUGAGUCCAGCGAUAAGGACGAAAAGGUUAAAGAGAAACUGCAAAAACUUAAAAUGAAUGAAGCCAAAAAGCCUCCAAAAAAACGUAAACGCAUACUUAAGGAGGAACUAAUAGGAGACUAUAAGGGUAUAUUGGCUCGUAAACGUAUGGCCAGUUUAAAUGCCAGUGCUAUAGUCGCUGCUACCUAUGAAGUAGAAAGACAUUUGGAUCGUAAUUUGGGACAAUUAAGUGGCUAUGAAACCUAUGAAGAUGAACAGAAAACACCCAGUAAGAAAACCAAGGAAACUAAAGUGGCAUCUAAAGAAACCAAACCCAAAACAGCAGCUACUACCACGGCUACUGUAACUACACCUAAUAAUACAGCCAGCAUCACUUCUGGCUCUACUAACCUUACUUCCAAUACUACAGCUAAUACUUCUUCAACCACUACCACCACCCCCACGCCGGCUGCUAAAGAAAUUCACAAAAAUUCUCCCGCUAAAGUGGCCACAGCUACCAGUGAUCCCAAGCCUACGGCUCCUCAUACACCUACAAAAGUGGAAAAACCCACAAAUAUUUGUGAAGAGAGUAAUGAUUCGAAGUAUUCUAAAGAAACCAAAGAAACUAAUACAGAUACUACUACCACUACUACUUCCACUUCGUCGGGCAGUAGUAGCACUACCAACAGUACUAAAGAUGCUAAAGAUUCCAGUCGUCCUACCUCGUCGAGUGUAGUUAUUGUCCAGGAUACUGAUGUUACCAUAACGGGUGUCUAUGUUAAUUCAUCGACGGGUUCUAGCCAAGAGGCCUAUUGCAAAAUGCAAUAUCGUGUACAAUCUAGUGUAACGGAAGAACGUCUGGUGCGUCCUGGUUCUACAGAACCGCCACCAAAAUCCUAUACACCUUUGAGCGCUUUGUCGAGUAUGUUGCCGCCAGGUGCUACCGCUACUGCAGGAGUAGUAGGUGAAGGACAUUCAACUGUCACACCUCCUCCAGCACCCACUGCGAAUGCCACUCAAUCUUCUGCAGGCGCAUCUUUAAGUGAAACCCUCAAUGCUGCCGCUGGUCUUUACAAUCCAGCCGAUCUUGGUAUACAUACCGAACAAGGUCCCCUCGAUCACCAUGGACCACCACCACCAUCAUACGCUGCCGCAGCGGCUGCAGCAGCUGCAGCCUAUCAUGCCCACCAUAUGUCUCCUCAUGGUGCUGGUCAUCAUCAACAUCAGUACGCUCAUUCCCACGUUCAUCAUCAGUAUCAACAGGCAGCUGGUGAACAUCAUGGUAUGCCUCCACCACCACAUCAUUAUGGUGGCUCAGGGCCACCACCCUCACAUUAUGGUCAACCACCUCCACCACCGGGUGGACAUUGUGAUGCUGGUUCUCCACCACCUACUUAUCGUGCCAGUAGUACUUAUGGCUCAAAUCUUUCUGGACCUACGGGACAAUCCGCAGCAUUACCCUCUGCUAUGGGUAGUGGUGGUGCUUUUUGUCCCACCAACGUUCAUCUUCAACAACAACAUCAACAACAGCAGCAGCAACAGCAACAAGCACAACAGUCAUCACAAAGUGCAGCACAACAGCAGGCAGGAGCUCAAGUCUCAGCAAAUGAAACAAGUGGUAUGUACAAACAAUAUAUUUAUACUUUUUUACAUGAUUUUACUAAAUCAAAAUCAGUUGGUAAGUUUUAAAAACAACUUUCAGGGUUUUCAAAAAAAUACUCCAAAUAUUUUCAAUAUGCAACAAUAUUAAUAAAAAAAUAAAAUUUACGAUUUACUUUAUGAUUUUUUCUUUGCUAUUUUUUUAAUAAGCGAUAUGCCAGAAACUUGAGCAUUUGUUUCUAAAAAUGGUUAUAGAUUUGUUCAUGCGACAGUUUGCCAAUGUCUGACUUAUUUCUCUAGAUUACUUGUAUUGGAUUAGGGACUUUUCACAACAUUAAUUUACAACGUUGUAAAGGGAUAUUUGCUAAAUUUACAAGCCAUGAAAUUAUUUAUCGAUGUUAGAUCUCCAACUUUUUGCUUUAAGUCCUUGUUUACGUUGAUGAUUUUGAUUUUAUUUUGAACGUAGUUUUAGCCAGAUCAAAAAUAGUUUAGUUCGAUCAAUAUAUAUACAUAUAUAAAGUUUCAAUUGAAAACGAUUUCACAAAUGUUGGAUGAGUAGAAUAAAUACAUUAUGCGAUCUCUUAAGAAAGCAUAGAAACCUGCUAAUAAUGUCUAUAAAGUUUAUAACCUUUACCGAUAUCCAAUUUUGAUCUUUCUGGACUGAGUCAUAAAAAUUCACGUCAAUAUGUUGAUGAGUUUGUCAUGUAGUAACAAGCUUGCCUCAUUAUUUUUUUUUUACUUAAAAAGCACGUGCCGUGGAAGUUGAAUCAUUUAAGUCAAAACUUUUUUUCAAUUAAUGCUUUUAGUAAAACAAAUUUGCAUUAUUAAUUAACUUUAUUACUUAGGAGGAUAAAACAGCAACGAAAACUGAAAUUUGCCACCAAUCAAAUGAUGCGAUCGCAAAGAUUGUAAACAAAACUAUAAUAUCGGAACCAUGAAUGUUCUUUGCCAUUGGCAUAACCAUCAUGGUAAAUAAUUGCUCAAAUAGUAAUUGAUAAUCAGGGUCUUAAGGGGGAAGGCGCUGUUAGUUUUUUUUUUUGAAAAGAUCAAAGUAAGAUCAGGUAACCCAAACGAAGAAAAAUAGUUAGGUACUUUCAAAUCAAAAUUUCCAACAUUUUCUGAUUCUGAUGAUAUACUAAAGGGUUUCAUAUUACCCUUUAGUAGAUCCUCAGAAUCACUCUGAUCCUUCUAAAUAUUUGAGAAAUUUUCUAAUUGGUGUUAUCCUACUGAAAAUUCUUUAAUUUUUCUUAUUACAUUGAGUUGUGUAAAUGAUUUCAUCUUUAUUUAAUUUCAAUUUAAUAAAAUUGUGAAAUUGUAAAUUUACAAAAAAAAAAAAAUAGUUUUGCAUUUUAGCAACAACAAUAUAAUGACAACAGAAAGAUAAACAAUUCAAUUACAAUGUAUUAUUGAUAUCAUAUUUGUUGUUUUUGUUGGACAUUUUUUCUAGAAUUGUCGCACAUCGACUUUUAGGAAAAUAAACAGAAAAAUAAAAAAUGAACACACUCAUACAAUCAUCUAGAAAAAUAUAAUUAAACAAUUUUAGAACUAAAUUUUACACAUCAGGGUAUUGAGCCCAAAGCUCUGGAUUAGGAAUUAAAUUUAAAUAUGGAACUAACUUUACAGAAUUUGAUAAAGUUAUCAAAAGUUAUCAUUUCGACGAUUUGUUUAUUAUCAUUCUGGAUCCUUUCGUGACUUCAACAGAUAGAAAGACAGACGGACGGAGAGUCCAUUCAAAAUACAUUUACAUAUGUAUAUAUUGGGUUUUGGACCAAUAUUUCAAAAGUAUAGCUCGCAAAUUUCCCGACCAUAUGAUACCCUAUACCAGCCGUGCUACCAUCAGAAGAAGAGUUUCAAUUAUGAACCGAUAAUUACAAAGUCUAGUGUAAUUAGUUAAUUUGAAAGAAGGAUGUAUGUUUCAUUAAAUACGAUGGAAUACACCUAGGCCAUCGGGCCUGUUGUGCUCUCUUUUACCAGUGUCUCUAGUGGUCUGUAUCCAUUAAUAGAGCAAUCGUCAUAUAAAUUGGACGAAUUCGUUGAACAGAUGGACCGACGGACGGACUUAUGUAUGUUGAUUCACUAAAAUACCUCUGGGCCGCUUGUGUAGGACUGAGGCAUUCAUUAUUUUGGUGUAGGGUAUAAUUAUAACAAUUUGUUGUUUUUGUUGUUGCUGUUUCUUCAAAUAAGCGAAAAGUUAAGAUAAAAACAAACAAACAAACAUAAACUAAAUGGCAAAAAAAAACUACAACAAAUUAUAAAAGCAGACACUUUGCAAAAAAUGGAAAACAAAACAAAAAAUAACAAAUAAUAAAAAGUUAUAACGUAGAUAUUAAACAGUGAGGGAGAAAAUAAUAGAACACUAAAAUUGUUUGUUUUCUUUUGGGAAAUUAGUGACGUUGUCUUAACUUAUAGAACCCUUUAUUUGGAAUGUUGUUGGAUAUUCUAAUGCACUUUAAACGCUUUCUUUUGGAACUAACUCUUUGGUAACUAUGGGAAUCGGUGGACCGAAGUACGAAUCCAUCAGACAAGCAAAAGACAAGUUCGUACUCACAUAGAACACACUGUUGUAAGAACAUAGCCGAGCCUGAAUAUUCAGCCCAGCCGCACACUUUUCAUUUAUCCGACACUUUCAACAGAAAACAUCCGACAUAUUCCUACUAGUUAGUAUAUGGGUAGGGCAAGGUCCAUAUAACCCUGAUUCAUUCCUUAAGAGUCACUCUGUGGAUUAUCUGUUGUCUUUUUCGGCAACAGCAAUAAAAAUUUCCCGAUGUAUAGAUUUAACCAUAACUUAACAGUCACUCUGUGAGUUAUCUGUUGUAUUUUUCGGCAACAGCAAUAAAAGUUUCCCGAAGUUUAGAAUUCACCAUUUAUUAGUUUUUUAACCAACAUUCUCUUUCCGCUACUUUGAGGUUAACUGUCACCAAAGGGACCUCUCCAAUAACCGGAACAAAACAAAGUCCCAUACUCUGGUUCCCGUGGUAGCAGCUUCUCUAGUUCGACUCCAGGUCAACUCAUUCCGACAGACUAGAGCACUACUUUUCCCCGUAUUGCAAUCACAUCUAGAUGGGGGGAAGUUCUUCAAUGUAACAUACCCAGAGGCGGCCUAAGAAGUAAUGUUAGUUAUGAAAUUUCCCCAUCUUUCUGACAUUAUAUGAAUUCUUCACCAAAUCGAAAUUGGCUAGCGAAUUAAGACAGUUUCGAAUAUCGGAUUCAAAAAGAUCUCUAUAUAGAGAGAGUAUUGUAUCGGCUUCUCUGGUUCGACCUUCAGGUAAACUCAUUCCGACAGUCUAGAGCACAUAUUUUCCCCCGUAUUGCAAUCACACCAAGAUGGGGGGAAAUUCUUCAAGGUAAAUGCCCAGAGCUAUGACAUUUUCCCAUAUUUCUGACAUUAUAUGGACUCUUUGCCAUAUCGAAAUUGGAUCGCGAAUCAAUACAAUUUUGAAUAUACGAUUCUAAAGUUAAGUGUAUCCCAUAGAGUCCAUUCUGCAUCAGUCAAAACAAAUAGUAGUCGCAUGGGACAAGAAUACAUAUUCCGAUUUCUGACAUUAUAUGGAUUCUUCGCCAAAUCGAAUUUCACUCGCGAAUCUAGUCUAUUUCGAAUACCCGAUUCUAAAAGAUCUCUAUAUAUAGAGAGUAUUGUAUCGCUCGAAACAACUAGUAGUCGCACGGGACAAGAACACAUAUUCUGACUUCUAACAUUAUAUGGAUUCUUUGCCAAAUCGAAUUUGGCUA